UUGGAUUUUUUGUUUCACUCAGUAGCUUGUUUUUGCGAGAUCUGGCAACAUUAUUCAGUCAACAAGGACUGAUUCAGCAAACACGUGGACGGGCAUCGCAGAAACUCACUGAAAACUCAUAAAACCAGUUAUUUUGAAACUUUCUCUUUGUAACUGUAAUCACCUAAAACUGAUGUAAAAUUGGUCAGUUAUCUUUCAGUUUGUGAUUACUCGUGGGUCCUGAUUAAAGUUCAUGGCAAGAGUAUUCCAGCUAGAUCAACUGCUCUGAAUGUCUAUCAUAGAUUAAAAUUAACAUAUACCAAUAACUCAAUAGCUCUGUUUUGUAACUCAGAAUAUUGUGAUUGUGAACGAGCUGGGUUUGUUUAGUUUACGUUUAGAAACACCACAGCGAUGAGAAAAAAGACACAGAAAACCAACGUCAACAUUAGCCAACCUAGCAAUAAAUGUUUUAUCUGCGGUCAGCUGUUCGGAAUAAAGUUUGUAGAUAUGCAUAUGCAUUCUUAUUUCCACCAUGAAGCAAUUGAGAAGAUUAAGGGCAGUGUACAGUUGCAUCAGUGUUGGGCAUGUUCUGUAACUGUGAUGGGACUAGAGCAAUACAAGGAGCAUAUUACCACUCGUAAGCACCAACAAAAUCUAAUUAAACUCCGUGGUAAACGACAAAAAAAACUUCCUCUUCAAGUGGACUACAAUAUUGACUUGAACGACAAUGAGUUAAAAGUGCUUUGUGAUCUAAGGAAGCUAGAAAAGAAAGAACACACAAAUCUGUACAAAUGUAUUAUCUGCCGUCAUCGUUUCUCUGAACCGGACUGGGACAAACAUAUGCACAGUUUUGUUCACCAUCAGGGAAUUGAAAAAUCGAAGGGCAGUGAACAAGAGCAUAAGUGUUGGGCCUGCGAAAUGUCUAUGACGGGAAUGGCAGCAUUUAAGAAGCAUAUUGACACCAGAUAUCACAAAAUUAAGCUAUUGGAAUUGGCAAACAAUAGACAACUUGGAAAAAUUACAGUGGACUACAGUAUGGAACUUGAGGAGCUCAUAGACCAUUGUGCUCAAAGUGACCAAGAAAAGUGUCAAAAAAAUCUGGACCAAUGUACAAUCUGCUCACAUCGUUUCCCUGAAAUGGAGUGGGACAAACAUAUGCACGGUAUUGUCCACCAUCAGGCAAUUGAGCAACUGAAGGGCAGUGAACACGAGCAUAAGUGUUGGGCCUGUGAUAUGUCUGUGAAGGGAAUGGCAAGGUUUAGGAGCCAUAUUGGCACCGAAGAUCACAAAAGGAAGCUACAGAAACUGGUGAAUAAUAGAAAACUUGGAAAAAAUACAAUGGACUACAGUGUUGAAUUUAAUGAGCUUAAAGACCUUUGUGCUCAAAGAGAGCAAGAAAGAUUUAUGAAAAAGAAAAAGAAAAUGAAGAAGUGGGCAGAAGAACAUAGGAGGAAGACAACGAGGUUCUUGCAGAUAGAAAGCACAGCUGAGAACGAGCAAUGUACAGCACCUUUCAUGGCGAAUGACCAGUUGCCACCAUCAUGCCAUUUCUCCUCUUUUGAGAAAAAUCCAAAUGAUCAUCCACCAACUAUCGAGGAUAACCAAAACCUGCCUACACAGAGAGAAGAUGGCAUAGUUGAUAUGGACAGGUCGAAUGAGCCACUUAUGAAAAGGCGUUGUCUUGAGAGACCAUCAGAAAAUAUUCCUCAAGAAAUGUCUGCUCAUGGCACUCAUCCCAAACCUGAUGGAAAGGGUACAGAGGUUUGUGCGAACGACAUGACUCCAGAAACUGUAGAUGGUACUGCUGCUGAGCCUCUGUGUGCCCCUGGACUGGUCCAAAGCAGGAUGGAGGCCAGCAUGCCCAACUCGACAGCAGCAAGGGGAGUUUGUUUAACUGGGAAUGAAGCUGUUAUUCUUAAUCUUCCACUACAAAAACACACUUGUUCCAAAAACUCUACGUUGAAAGUAAACAGAGCAGCAUUACAGAGCGAACAAGGCAUGACCAGGAAAGGCACGAAUGGACAAGAGCCGUUUGUAGAUUCUCUCCCACCUGUAUCUUUACUGGCUGAGAUGUUUAAAAGCCAGACAUCAGAAAAUGACUUGGAGAUCAUUGAAAACGUUCGCCCUAAUACUGUACGUGUUCAGAAAAACAAAUCGAAUGAGAGUGACACAGAACAGAGAGAAACAUCACUGGAGCAUCAUGACAACUUCGAAGCCAUCUCCAGCAACGUCCAGAAAACCAAGAACAAAGUACAAGACGUUUCUCGUGAUCUGAGCCCUGAGAUGAACAAAAUAUCCAGAAAAAGGAAAGUGAAUACGUUGAUAUCGCUGUCUUUGAAAGAAGAGGAGUUGACCAGCUCUUUGGAAAAUGUGGGUGAGCAGCUGUUCCAGGCGUACUCCACCCUGCAGAGCGCAUACUCAGAAGUUCAGCGUCUACUAGCUGUUAAACAAGAGGUAACCUCAGAGAUGGCCUCGCUCAGGGCAAAGCGUAUAGAGAUUCUACAGGAUAUGAAGAAUCCGGAUGACCAGCAGGAGGUGCUAAAUGGUUCCUGACGGCUGUGCGAACCUCUGAUUUCAAUUCAGCAACCCAGUAAGCUUCACAGAGCAGCUGCAUCACAGGACCCACUCCUGGAAGUAUUUUACACUGGACCUACCUCUAAAACCACAAAAUUGACCACUCUUUUAGUCAAAAUUAUUUGAUGUACUUCGUCAAGCUAGAAGGGUAUGAAAGAAAAAAAGCAGAUGUUACAGAAUCCAGUAAAGCUUUCAUCCAUCUGAAAAUUCGGGUCAGUUAAAAUACUGUCACAACAGCAGCAGUUGAAUGUUCAUUCUUUGUCUUGCAGUGUAGUAAUAUUGCUUACAAGGCAUCAUACCAGGCAUAUUCAUUCAGACUUGCCCUCAGAGGUUUAUAGUUGUUUUAUUCAUGGGAUUCUGAAUAAUAUUUUAAAAUGUUCAAAAUAUUUGGUUUUUAUCAUCUGUGUUUUUGCUGCUCCUCUAUUUUAAUCAUAUGUUUGCCCUUUGCUUGCAGUCAUGACUCACAUUAAUUGUGUUAUUUUGUACUGUUUGUUUAUGCUAUGGUAACAACUGGAAUAGAACAGUGCAAAGUUGAACACUUUAUUUAGUUGAAUUAU